UUAGUCUUGGUGAUUGUAUUGUAUGCAUCUAUGUGUCGUCCUUUCCAUGUUCAUCACUUUGUUCACGUUCCAAAUUCUCCACCUUGAUGGCUGAAACUCACUCAUUCACUCACACUCCCUUAAUGACACCCACUAUCAGCCCCACCAGAAGCAAACCAUGCAACCCUCCAGAACACAGCAUCAACUUGAUGGUUGUGUUAGCAGUCAUAGUGUGUGCCUUCCUAUGCGCUCUUGGUCUCAACACAAUGCUGCAAUGUGUGUUCCAAUGUGCCAAUCGCAUUCUCACGGAGCCCCUUCAGUGGAUUGCCUCAAGGAGGCUCAAUUCUGGCCUCAAGAAGACAGAAAUGGUGGCUUUGCCAACCUCAACUUACACUCAUUCUUGUGCCUCUCCAUCUUCGCCCUCCAAUAAUAUUUGUGCCAUUUGCUUAACGGAAUUCUCUGAUGGGGAUAGGAUAAGGUUCCUGCCAAACUGCAAUCACCGUUUUCACGUUGAUUGCAUUGAUAAGUGGCUGCUUUCUCACUCUUCUUGCCCAACUUGUAGGAACUUGCUCAAGCCCACUGAUUCAGUACACUCCUUGCAUACUGUAGUAUCAUAGUUUGAUUAAUUUUUUUUUAGAUUACUAAAACUUAAGAUGAUUUUGAUUCCAGAGACUCAUCAAGAUCUAGACGAAUCUCAAGGUUUCAAAAGAACUUACAUAUUACCUAUGAUCAAUAAAGAUUCUCACCUCGACAACAAAAAUUAAACACAUAUUCUUAUGAGAUAUGAAUCUAUCUUGUCAUAUAUAUGAACCAACCUUUUGGCUAGUUUGA